AUGGCCUCCUCAAUGACGACGCAACCUACUACUGCUGCCAGCCGGGCAAAAAGACUGUCGACUUCCGCUACACCCAGUCUGGUCAAACGCGGGUCUGUGAUCAUGAUGGGGGAGGGGGCGGAGGACGGGGACGUAUCGAUGGAGAAAGAAAAGAUUAAUGACGGGCUCAACAAGACCAACAACUCGCUGCGCAUCAGAAUAUCAGAAUUGGAGACCCUUAUCGAACAGGCCACUGGUCCAGAAGUGGAGAGAUUGUCAGAAGAGGUCUUGACUUUAGAAGAGCUGGAUAAUGAAGCAAAGUUGACGGAAAACGAGAAGCAGAAGCAAUACGUAAAGGAUCUUGAAAACUUGUUGGGAACGCUAGCUGGCCCCUCUUGGAGAAUAGACCAUCAGCUAUCAGCGCCCUCUGCCCCUACUACCAACAUCUGCUCCGCGUCCACCCCGCUCCCAAAGCCAAAACCUAAGCAACUCUCGAGUUCGCUCCGCCACUCCGUAUCAUUCUCAUCUGGUCCCCCCGCAAGCAGGUUGCAUCGUCGGGCGAACAGCACCAUGGAUCUCGGCUCCAUGAUGGCGAGUGUAGGGGCUGGAGCGGGAUUAGGCGCUGUCGAAGAGAUAAGAGAGAGCGGAGGUCAAGACUCUACUCCAACUGGUGCCCUCAGGCGACUGAAUGGUGGACGGUCGGUGAGCGCCAGGCCGGACACUAGCACUACCAAGGAGCUGGAGCGUGUCCCUUCUUCAGCCCCAGUCUCUCACAAGAGGGCUGCGGAACACAUCUUCGAUAAGGACAACGGAUAUGUCAAUGAGCUGGUAGACACCGAACAGCUCAGCAAGGUACUCCGUCUCCUUUCUACAAUCGAUCCCAACACCAUCUCGUCUCUCGUUGGCCGCGAGCUUCAAGACCGAAAUCGACCUGGCCGAGGGGAAACGAACGAGGUCACAAAGGGCGACAAGGAUAGGUCCAUCUUGGAGAAGAUGUUUGAGGAGCAAGAGAGGCGGCUGGCUGCCAGAGAGGAGAGGUUGGACAGGCUAGUGCAGACUGUGAGAAUCAGGGAAGCAAGAUAUGAUAGGCGGGUGUAGGAGGAAAGUCAAGCGAAGGAUGGACUGUGACGUGCUUCCUGUCAGACGCAUUAGGACACGUCUCACGUAAGCACGAUUCCCAGGCGGUCUCGAGCCUAGCUAUUCAACUGUGGGUCUGACCCAGCCUAUGUAAAUUGAACACUCUACACAAUCCGGUUCAUCAUGAUGUCUCUUAAAUGGGUGCCGAGGUUGUCGGUGGCCCGUGGGGGCGUCGCGACGGUGAGUGGGCACACGCGGUGACUGUGUGCUGUGUUCGGGGACACCCAAAGGACGCCUUGCA